CAAGCGAAGGAAAGGAAGAAGACGACGACGACGACGGCGAAGACGAGAGAGAGAGAGCUGGUGGUGCUUCGUUUAUAAGCGACGCCAAGACUACAGGCGAGGAAGCAGGGGUGGGUGGAGAGAGAGAGAGAAAGAGAGAGAUUGGGAGGACAUUUAUAGGAGGAGGAGGAAGAGAGAGGGAGGGAGGGAGGGAGCAGGCGAGGCGCACGUGCGGCGUCGAGGAGGCGUCGGCGCGGCGCGGCGGGGCAGGGGGGUGGAUGGGGGACUCCGGCGGCUCCGUCGUGUCGAUCGACGUCGAGCGCAUCUCCUUCGGCGGCAAAGAACAUCAUAUACAUACAAAUCAUGGACCCGUAUCUGUUGCAGUGUAUGGUGACCAUGACAAGCCUGCUCUUGUUACUUAUCCAGAUAUUGCUUUAAAUCAUAUGUCCUGCUUCCAAGGAUUGCUCUUCUGCCCUGAAGUUGCUUCAUUGCUGCUUCACAAUUUUUGCAUUUACCAUAUCAGCCCCCCAGGACAUGAGUUGGGGGCAGCUCCAAUUUCGCCAAGUGCUCCUAUACCAUCUGUUGAUGAUUUGGCUGAUCAGGUUGCAGAUGUUCUCGAUUUCUUUGGGUUAGGUUCUGUUAUGUGCUUAGGUGUCACUGCGGGUGCUUACAUUCUUACUCUCUUCGCAGCGAAGUAUAGGGAUCGUGUACUAGGUCUUAUUCUUGUUUCUCCCCUAUGUAAAGCUCCCACUUGGACUGAGUGGUUCUAUAAUAAGGUGGCAUCCAAUUUGUUAUAUUACUAUGGGAUGUGUGGGGUGGUGGUGGAGGGCUUACUGCAGCGGUACUUCAGCAAGGAAGUGCGGGGGUGCUCUGAUUUACCUGAAUCUGACAUAGUGCAGGCUUGUAGAAGUUUGCUAGAUCAACGGCAGAGCAUGAACGUGUGGCGGUUCGUACAGACAAUGAAUGAGAGAUAUGAUUUGACAGAAGACCUGAAGCAGCUUCAGUGUAGGACCCUGAUUUUUGUUGGUGAGUACUCUCAGUUCCACACAGAGGCUGUUCACAUGACAUCAAAGCUCGACAGGAGAUACUGUGCUCUAGUUGAGGUCCAAGCAUGUGGGUCGCUCGUAACGGAGGAGCAACCGCACGCUAUGCUUAUACCGAUGGAGUACUUCUUCAUGGGUUAUGGCCUGUACAGACCGAGCCAGUUGGACUGUAGCCCGCGAAGCCCCCUCAGCCCAUUCUGUAUAUCGGCUGAACUCCUGUCGCCUGAGAGCAUGGGAGUAAAACUAAAGCCAAUCAAGACGAGAGUUAGGCUUGAAGUGUAGCAUACAGGUAAAUAAGGGUGGUGUGGUGGGUGCUGCUUAGGGCUGACAUGGUGUGAGUAUAGGCUAACCCGUUGGUCAGAUUAUCGAGUUAUGAUUUUUUUUGGUGGUAAAAUGAGAUAAUUUUUAUACUGUCAAUCUGUCAUGUAGAUAGGAAAUGCUAGGUUGGUCAGGUCUGAUGAGGGUGGGAGAUUGUAUUCCAUUGAUUUGUAGCCAUAAACCUGUAAACUGUUACACAUUGUUUAUCAAAGCAAAGGAAAAUAAUAGCAGAAGGGUCAGCUGUUGGUAAUCAA